CUUAAUUAAAUAACGUUGAAAAGUAUGUGAGGUUAUGUAACAUAAUAAAAUAAUGUUUUUAAAAUUCAAUUUAAAAAUAAAAUAAUGUUUGUUAUAAAAUUAUAUUCAAACUGUAAAUAUUUAACGAAAAUAUGUGCCCUGAAACAAUCACAAAGGACUAUAACACUUAAUUCAAUAGUGUUCAAAAAUGAGAAAAAAUCUCUAGCGUUACGCGAUAGUUUUGCAGAUGCAAAAGAUAAAAGUAAAGAAACAUACUUAGAUUUAAUUCGUAUAUUCGAAGGAAAAGAUAAAUUACGACGAGGUCAUGUUGAAUUUAUUGCAACAGCUUUAAAGCACAUGCAAGAUUUUGGUGUACAUAAAGAUUUAGAAGCGUAUAAAAAGUUGAUAAGUGUCCUACCGAAAGGAAAAUUUAUCCCACAAAAUAUAUUUCAAGCUGAAUUCAUGCAUUACCCCAAACAACAGCAAAUUGCUAUUGAUCUAUUAGAACAGAUGGAAAAUAAUGGAGUUAUUCCAGAUGUGGAACUUGAAGCGAUUUUACUAAAUAUAUUCGGACAUCGUGGAUAUCCUUUACGAAAAUAUUGGCGUAUGAUGUAUUGGAUGCCCAAAUUUAAGAACUUAUCCCCAUGGCCAAUUCCGAAUCCUGUUCCAAACGAUACAUUAGAAUUAGCACGAAUUGCGCUAACUAGAAUGACGAGUGUCGAUUUACAGACACAAAUUAUUGAAUAUAAUUCAGCAGAUGUAGAGGAUUCUAUUGAUAAAACCUGGAUACUUAGUGCACAAAGUCCGAAGCAAAAAGAAUUGAUCAAAGAAUGUAAAAUUACUGAGUCUAUUUAUGUGGAAGGACCGUUUAAUUUAUGGUUACGUAAUGCGUCUGUUAAUUAUUUUGUGUUACGUGCAGAACCGAAAAAGAUACUACCACAGGAAGAGGAAAAUGUAGAUGAUGUUAGUAAUUUAAGAAUACCAAUUUAUGAGAAACCAAAAAAAGUGAGCGUAAUUCCAUCGAUUCAUGAACAAGACGACGGAAUUUAUUUGGCAAUCUGUGCCACGGGAACAUCAUCUCAAGAUUCACUGUUAUCAUGGAUUCGUUUAAUGGAAAAAGAUGGUAAUCCAGCAUUAGGAAAGAUUCCGGUUGUUUUUACAUUGAGACACCCGGAACGGGAAUUAACUGUUUCAAAUGCUACGAAAGAGCAAAGUGUUAUGAAUUUAAAUCAGAAUAAAGAUUAAAUCAUUUUUAAGUUA